AUGGCAUGCAGUUGCAGAAUCUUUUAUUAUGAUUCCACAUUUUUUGCGCACAUUCACCUAGGAAACGGCAUAUUCCUGGAGCAGGAAAAAUGGGCAUGGCUGCUUUUGCGUCCGAGAGACAGAUUGUUCUGUAAGGAGGCGACCAAGCUUCUGUGGGGUGUGAGUGCCCUCCACAACAGGAGCAUCACAGGAGCCCCUUGUCGGCGCUACGUGCGCUCGGAAAACCAGGCACCACCCAGGAGGGCACUCACGCCUAAGAAAUUGGAGGCAGUCGGAAGGAAGUGUUUCAUCCUUAUCCCCAAUUGCUUCAUAUUCCUGCUCAUUUUUACAGAUGCCUUCAGCAAGUACAUUGCUGGGAGACCAAGUGAAGUGGCACCAAUUGAGAGGCUAAGAAAAAUGAACAGCUUCAUUGCUGAGAUGUUGAACGACCUAAAUAAAUGAGUCGUCAAAACAUUACUCUAGCCUGAUCGUGUUUAUUUGAUAUCAUUGCAGCAUACCUACAUUACACUGUUUAUUUUACUGUGUGC